UGUGAACGUCUGACUGUCAUGGCUGCGCACAGCCCAAGUGAAACUACCGAUGUGCUGAAAUAGCAUCUAUUUUUUUUUCCUGAGGUGAAUAAAUAUAACUUAUUUUUUCCUCACACUUGAUACAUUUGUUGUUCGUUUUAGUAACUCCAAUUAUGACCUCACAGUGUUAUCUUUGGUAAUGUCAUGUAACGUUAAUGUGCUCAUUACCUUAGCCUCGAAGAGUCACCUCAAGUCAUUAGCUAUUUUCUAACCUAACGUUUAUAUAUAUAUUUAAGAUUCAGCAUUAUUUAUAUGACAUGUGAAAUUUACAGACGCUGACUUUUUAUUGUCUUUAAAAAGUUCACCAAUGUGGGCUAAAUUAUUUCUGCGCCCCUCGUUUAUCAACCGAGUUCAUCAUCUCACGUGGAGUCACAGAUCAUUAGUCACCAUGCAACUGAAGACUAAAGAGUUUGAGUCCUUAUUUACCGACGGGCUGCUUGCUCUGGCUGAAAUGUUUGAAAAGAACCGGUUUGAGCUGAGGAUUGCAGGAGGGGCAGUGCGCGACCUUCUGUCAGGAAAACGGCCUGAAGAUGUGGAUUUUGCCACCACAGCCACUCCAGAGCAAAUGAAGAGCAUGUUCCAGGCAGCAGGAGUCAGGAUGAUAAACAACAAAGGAGAGAAACAUGGGACCAUUACGGCCAGGCUUCAUGAGGAGAACUUUGAAGUGACCACUUUGCGAGUGGAUGUACAGACCGAUGGGCGGCACGCAGAGGUGGAGUUUACCACUGACUGGCAGAAGGAUGCAGAGCGCAGGGAUCUCACCAUCAACUCCAUGUUUCUUGGGCUAGAUGGAACUCUCUAUGAUUAUUUCCAAGGAUACGAGGACCUCAAGAACAGGAAAGUAAGGUUUGUCGGCAGCGCCUCACUACGGAUCCUAGAGGACUACCUUCGAAUUCUGAGAUAUUUCAGAUUUUAUGGGCGGGUGGCAACUGAGCCUGGGCAACAUGAACCCGAGACUCUGGAGGCAAUAAGAGAGAAUGCCAGAGGAUUGGCAGGAAUCUCAGGUGAGAGGAUCUGGGUGGAGCUGAAGAAGAUGCUGGUUGGAGACCAUGCUGAUCACCUGCUGGAUCUUGUCUAUGAGUUGGGCCUUGCCCAGUACACAGGUCUUCCAGCAGAUGGCAAUGUUGAGGAGAUGAAGCAGAUCUGGCAGAAGGCUCAUGACUGCUCUCCUAAACCCAUGACUAUCCUGACUGCUCUGUUCCAAAGCCAGGAUGAUGUGGAGAAACUGGAUCUGCGACUGAAACUAUCCAGAGAGGAGAAAAACUUAAGCCUCUUCCUGGUCAAAUACAGACGAGAUCUCGUAAAGGAACAGGACGAACAUGACAGCAUGAAACCAUACACAGAUUUCAUCAUUGAUUCUAGAGAGCCGGACUCCCAGAGUAAAGUCCUGGAGCUGCUGAAGUAUCAGGGAGAAAAGAAACUCUUAGAUGAGCUGAGCAGGUGGUCCAUCCCGCGCUUCCCAGUGAGUGGGCAUGACCUACGCAAACUGGGUUUUACCUCGGGUAAAGAGAUUGGCACCAUCCUUCAGGAGCUAAGGGACAUGUGGAAGAAGAGCCACUAUCAGAUGAGCAAAGAGGAACUCCUGGCCACCCUCAGCACAUCCUGAUGCCAGAUAAGCAAACAUACUAGUGUCAAAAGUGCUUAUGUCUCUGCAUGCAUGUACAAUAAUGCAUUAUGAGUCUGUGUACAGAAGGUGCACCUCCAUAGUGUCAGUGGGUAGUGUGAGAAGGAACCAUCAGGGCAAUGGUAUAAAUCAUUUGGACCUAUGCCUUUGCAGAUGCAAUGCAACCAAAGGUUUAGGUAUAUCUGUGGUUGCUAUCUUGGGAUUUUGUCUUGGCUAUGGUUUAUUUAGAUGGUUUUCAGGGUGCAGAAAAUGUCUUGGAGCAUCAAAGUGCACAUUUUCGGAUUUAGAAUGCUUAACAUAUGGACUAUUUACCCUGUCGUUGAACCAUGUGCAUCAUAAACAUGCUCUAAGAAGUUUUCUUUUAUUAAUUAUUCAUGAAUUUCCCUAUUAUUAUUUUUUAUAAAUGGGGAUUUAGUUUGACAUAAUAUCAUAUUCAUUAAUUAAUAUAAUUGUUUUGAACAAAGAUGCAUCUAAAUUGAAUGACGCAAUGAUGCAAAGUUCAUUUUGUUUAUUUGAUGUGGGAUUUUGCCCUUUCAGAAGAGUGGUGUAAUUAUUAUAGUGAAGGGAGUAAUUUAGCUCUCUUGAAGAGAAGACAUCUUGACGCUGUAGCCAUGGUUUCAUUAUGAGGAAAAUGAUGUUGCUUUUGUCAACAGUUCACAGUUAUUAGAAGCCAGGUUAUGCAACCAACUCUCCAGGUGUUUACUUUGAAAUAAAGUAACCCACAUCACGUUGUACAGUGUUGUGCUGUCUUGCUUUAAAGUCCAUGGAUGUUCAGAGAUUACAUAAGGAUUAUUUUUGAUAUGUUUGUGAAUUACUUAAUAUGAUAAGCGUUUCACAUUGAUAUGUUAGGGGUAAGUUGUGUCAUCAUUUUUGCAUUGAUUAUUGUUUUUAUACAGUCCCACAGCUUUUUAAGAGUAAUUCAAUGUAA